GGGAUGCAUGCAACUUUUCCCUUGCUUCUGAAAUGAUAACUCUGCAUUCGUUCUCAACCACCAUUAAUCAUGCAUAGCUGUGCUCACUGAGGCAAUGUUUUUGAGAGCCGAUGGAUGAACAAGAUCUUAUUAGCACUGGUUUCCGUGGUUUAUCGCUCAUGGCCAAUGUCACACAGAAUUUUCAGCCAGGAUGGGAACGCCCAGCAGCUGGAUGUCCAGCUGCCAAUUCAUCAGUUUGAGAAGAAGAAUUCCCCAGAGUGUAAUUACUGGAUAAAACAUGAAUGGAUGUUUUCAAGACUAUUGACAUGGAUUGUCAAGUUAUUUUCCAAAAGUGUUUUGCCAUCUGCAUUUCUUCUCCUGUGUCAGAAUGUCUACUUCAGCUGUGUCCAUCGUUAAGGAGGUAGGAUGCAUGGUUAAGAACCUAGGCUCAGAACCAGAUUGCUCAACUGAAGUGCUUGCUCUGCCACUUACUCCAUGAUCUCAGACACUUUACUUAAUCUCUUUAUGUCUCUGUUCUCCCUUUGAAGAAUGAAGAUAAAAAUAGUACUUCCUCAUAGUGAGAAUGAAAUGAAUUAAUAUAUGCAAAGAGAUUAGAAUUUGCCUGGCACAUGGCAAGCGCUAUUUUAAUAUUAGUUGUUAUUACCCCAUCUACUACCACGGAUAUGACUGAGGCAAAAGAUAACCGAUGAAAAUCUAACAGUGUCCUGCAUCAGGGUGUGGUGACUUGAAUAGUGUCCCCUAAAUUUCAUGUCCACUGGGAAACCUCAGAAUGUGACCUUAGUGGAAAUAGAGAGUUUGCUUAUGUCGUCGAGUGAGGAGGCAGUCAUACUGGGUCAGGGAGGACCCGAAUCCAAUGGCUGGUGUCCCUACAAGAAGAGGGAACAUACAGAGACAGAGGAGAAGGCCCUGUGAAGGUGGAGGAAGAGACUGCAGUCACGCUUCCACAGCCUGAGGAAUGCCUGUGGCCACCAGCGGCUGGAGGAGUCAAGGAAGGAUCCCUAGAGCCUUCAGAAGAAUCUUUGGAAUGAAUACACAUCCAGGAGCGAAGAAGACAAGCUCUACUGCCAUUCUCUGAGCAGUUCAAGGCAUACUGACUUGCGUGAGUUGUGUGGUGGUCCACUCUGACUGCAAGCACCCCUUUCUUGAACUGAACAGAGUCAAGUGGAAUCAAAGGACCUUGUAAAGUUAAGAAUGUCAGAAACCUCCAGAAUCGCCUUUGGAGGCAGGAGAGCGGUUCCACCCAAUAACUCUAAUGCAGCGGAAGAUGACCUGCCCACACUGGAGCUUCAGGGCGUGGUGCCCCGGGGUGUCAACCUGCAAGAGUUUCUUAAUGUCACGAGCAUUCACCUAUUCAAGGAGAGAUGGGACACUAACAAGGUGGACCACCACACUGACAAGUAUGAAAACAACAAGCUGAUUGUCCGCAGAGGGCAGUCUUUCUACAUUCAGAUUGACUUCAAUCGUCCAUAUGACCCCAGACGGGAUCUCUUCAGGGUGGAAUACGUCAUUGGUCGCUACCCACAGGAGAACAAGGGAACCUACAUCCCAGUGCCUAUAGUCUCAGAGUUACAAAGUGGAAAGUGGGGGGCCAAGAUUGUCAUGAGAGAGGACAGGUCUGUGCGGCUGUCCGUCCAGUCUUCCCCCGAAUGUAUUGUGGGGAAAUUCCGCAUGUAUGUUGCUGUCUGGACCCCCUAUGGCAUAAUUAGAACCAGUCGAAACCCAGAAACAGACACGUACAUUCUCUUCAAUCCUUGGUGUGAAGAUGAUGCUGUGUACCUGGACAAUGAGAAAGAAAGAGAAGAGUAUGUCCUGAAUGACAUUGGGGUAAUUUUUUAUGGAGAGGUCAAUGACAUCAAGACCAGAAGCUGGAGCUAUGGUCAGUUUGAAGAUGGCAUCCUGGACACUUGCCUGUAUGUGAUGGACAGAGCGCAAAUGGACCUCUCUGGAAGAGGGAAUCCCAUCAAAGUCAGCCGUGUGGGGUCUGCAAUGGUGAAUGCCAAAGAUGACGAAGGUGUCCUCGUUGGAUCCUGGGACAAUAUCUAUGCCUAUGGUGUCCCCCCAUCGGCCUGGACUGGAAGCGUUGACAUUCUAUUGGAAUACCAGAGCUCUGAAAAUCCAGUCCGAUAUGGCCAAUGCUGGGUUUUUGCUGGUGUCUUUAACACAUUUUUACGAUGCCUUGGAAUACCAGCAAGAAUUGUUACCAAUUAUUUCUCAGCCCAUGAUAAUGAUGCCAAUUUGCAAAUGGACAUCUUCCUGGAAGAAGAUGGGAACGUGAAUUCCAAACUCACCAAGGAUUCAGUGUGGAACUACCACUGCUGGAAUGAAGCAUGGAUGACAAGGCCUGACCUUCCUGUCGGAUUUGGAGGCUGGCAAGCUGUGGACAGCACCCCCCAGGAAAAUAGCGAUGGCAUGUAUCGGUGUGGCCCCGCCUCGGUUCAAGCCAUCAAGCACGGCCACGUCUGCUUCCAAUUUGAUGCACCUUUUGUUUUUGCAGAGGUCAACAGCGACCUCAUUUACAUUACAGCUAAGAAAGAUGGCACUCAUGUGGUGGAAAAUGUGGAUGCCACCCACAUUGGGAAAUUAAUUGUGACCAAACAAAUUGGAGGAGAUGGCAUGAUGGAUAUUACUGAUACUUACAAAUUCCAAGAAGGUCAAGAAGAAGAGAGAUUGGCCCUAGAAACGGCCCUGAUGUACGGAGCUAAAAAGCCCCUCAACACGGAGGGUGUCAUGAAAUCGAGGUCCAAAGUUGACAUGGACUUUGAAGUGGAAAAUGCCGUGCUGGGAAAAGACCUCAAGCUCACCAUCACCUUCCGGAACAACAGCCACAACCAUUACACCAUCACAGCUUAUCUCUCAGCCAACAUCACCUUCUACACCGGGGUCUCGAAGGCAGAAUUCAAGAAGGAGACGUUCGACGUGACGCUGGAGCCCUUGUCCUUCAAGAAAGAGGCGGUACUGAUCCAAGCCGGCGAGUACAUGGGUCAGCUGCUGGAACAAGCGUCCCUGCACUUCUUUGUCACAGCUCGCAUCAAUGAGACCAGGGAUGUUCUGGCUAAGCAAAAGUCCACCGUGCUGACCAUCCCUAAGCUCAUCAUCAAGGUCCGUGGCGCUCAGGUAGUUGGUUCUGACAUGAUUGUGACAGUUGAAUUUACCAAUCCUUUAAAAGAAACCCUGCGAAAUGUCUGGAUACACCUGGAUGGUCCUGGAAUAACAAGACCAAUGAGGAAGAUGUUCCGUGAAAUCCGGCCCAACUCCACCGUGCAGUGGGAAGAAGUGUGCCGGCCCUGGGUCUCUGGGCCUCGGAAGCUGAUAGCCAGCAUGAGCAGUGACUCCCUGAGACAUGUGUAUGGCGAGCUGGACGUGCAGAUUCAAAGACGACCUUCCAUGUGAAUGCACAGGAGGCUGAGAUGAACCGUGGCAUUUGGCGUUUUGUAGUCUUGGCUAAGGAAAUUCUAACACAAAAAUAGCUCUUGCUUUGGCUUAGGUGUGAAGACCCAGAGAGGGCCCCAGAGUGGAGAUCCCACGUAUUUCAAAAACAUACUUUUCAAAACCCAGGCUAUUCAGCAUGGAAGUUAGUUGUUAAUCUCUCUACUUUCCAAAGAAUGCUGAACAUUAGUUUUAAUUAAGCUCUAAUUAAGCUCUCAUAGCUCAUAAGAGUAACAGUCGUCAUUUAUCAUCACAAAUGGCUACAGCUCCAAAUAUCAGUGGGCUCUCUUACCAGGGAGAUUUGCUCAAUACCUGGCCUCAUUUAAAACAAGACUUCAGAUUCCCCACUCAGCCUUUUGGGAAUAAUAGCACAUGAUUUGGCCUCUAGAAUUCCAAUCCCCUUUCUUGGGGUCAGGUUCUACCCUCCAGGUCAGAAUAUUUUUCCUAGGACUGGAGCACAAUGUGAUCUUUAUUUUUGGCAAAGCCAGGAAAAGGUCUUUCAUUUUGCACCUGCAGCCAAGCAAAUGCCUGCCAAAUUUUACAGAUUUACCUUGUGAGAAGAGGUGGCCCCAUAUUAACAAAUUGCAUUUGUGGGAAACUUAAUCACCUACAAGGAGAUAAGAAAGCAGGUGCAGCACUCAAGUCUACUGAAUAAUGUAGUUCUGUGGUGCAUUUUACAGAAGGUGUCGCACUGUGGCCUGAUCAGCAGGAGCCAAUAUCCCUUACUUUAACCCUUUUUGGGAUGCAAUACUAGGAAGUAAAGUGAGGGAUUUAUCUCUUUAGUUAGUGGCUAUAUUUCACCUAUCUCUCAGGAAUCAUCUCCUUUGCAGAAUGAUGCAGGUUCAGGUCCCUUUUCAGAGAUGUAAUAAGCCCAAUAAGAUGGAGAAGCUGGUGGAUCUAGUGACCAGA